GCGGGCGGGGCGCGGCGGGGCCGCGUUUGACAGUGGGGAGGGCGGCAGAGCCGGGGGAUGGCGGCGGCGUGAGGGGACGGCCCCGCGCCGCGCCAUGGGCAGCGCCGACUCCAAGCUCAACUUCAGGAAGGCGGUGAUCCAGCUCACCACCAAGACACAGCCCGUGGAAGCAACGGAUGAUGCUUUCUGGGACCAAUUCUGGGCAGACACAGCCACGUCAGUGCAGGAUGUCUUUGCACUCGUACCAGCUGCAGAGAUCCGAGCAGUGAGAGAAGAAUCCCCUUCAAACUUGGCAACUUUGUGUUACAAGGCUGUGGAAAAGCUGGUGCAGGGAGCAGAGAGCGGCUGCCACACGGAGAAGGAGAGGCAAAUCGUCUUGAACUGCUGCCGGCUCCUCACCCGUAUCCUGCCUUACAUCUUCGAGGACCCAGACUGGAGAGGUUUCUUCUGGUCAACCGUCCCUGGGGCUGGCCGAGGAGGGGGUGAUGAAGAUGAUGAAAAUGCCCGGCCACUGGCCGAGUCGCUGCUUCUCGCUGUCGCAGAUCUGCUCUUCUGCCCCGACUUCACCGUGCAGAGCCACCGGAGGAGCACUGUGGACACAGCAGAAGAUAUCCACUCCAUCGACAGCUGCGAGUACAUCUGGGAGGCAGGAGUGGGCUUUGCUCAUUCCCCACAGCCCAACUACAUCCAUGACCUGAAUAGGACGGAGCUGCUGAAGCUUCUGCUGACCUGUUUCUCCGAGGCCAUGUAUCUGCCUCCCUCCUCAGACAGCAGUAACACCAACCCCUGGGUGCAGUUCUUCUGCUCUGCGGAGAACAGACAUGCACUCCCACUCUUCACCUCGCUCCUGAAUGUUGUCUGUGCCUAUGACCCGGUGGGCUAUGGGAUUCCUUACAAUCACCUGCUCUUCUCUGACUACCGCGAGCCGCUGGUGGAGGAGGCAGCCCAGGUGCUGAUUGUCACGUUGGACUAUGACAGCUCCACCAGCUCGAGUCCCACCGUGGAUGGCACAACCACUGGCACAGCCAUGGAUGAUGUGGAUCCUCCUGGACCAGACAAUCUGUUUGUGAAUUACCUCUCAAGAAUACACCGCGAGGAGGAUUUCCAGUUCAUCCUGAAAGGAGUGGCCCGCUUGCUAUCAAACCCGCUGGUCCAGACCUACCUGCCAAACUCUGCCAAGAAGAUCCAAUUCCAUCAGGAACUCCUCGUCCUCUUCUGGAAACUCUGUGACUUCAACAAGAAAUUCCUCUUCUUUGUACUGAAGAGCAGCGAUGUUCUGGACAUCCUUGUCCCAAUCCUGUAUUUUCUCAAUGAUGCCAGAGCAGACCAGUCACGAGUGGGCUUGAUGCACAUUGGGGUUUUUAUCCUCCUGCUUCUCAGUGGGGAGCGUAACUUCGGGGUUCGACUGAACAAGCCGUAUUCUGUACGAGUGCCUAUGGACAUCCCUGUCUUCACAGGGACGCAUGCGGAUCUGCUCAUCAUAGUGUUUCACAAGAUCAUAACCAGCGGGCACCAGCGUCUGCAGCCUCUCUUCGACUGCCUGCUCACCAUUGUUGUCAAUGUGUCUCCCUACCUGAAGUCUCUCUCCAUGGUUGCUGCUAACAAGUUACUGCACCUCCUGGAGGCUUUUUCCACCACCUGGUUCCUGUUCUCCGCUGUCCAGAACCACCAUCUUGUUUUCUUCUUGCUGGAAGUUUUCAACAACAUCAUUCAGUAUCAGUUUGAUGGGAACUCAAAUUUGGUGUAUGCUGUUAUCCGCAAGCGGAAUGUGUUUCACCAGCUGGCCAACUUACCCACGGACUCCCAGUCCAUCCAGAAAGGUCUGCAGCGCAAGAAGAAAACGCCUGAGCCCAUUUCUCGCACCAACUCCCAGGAUGGGGUCUCCAUGGAAGGAUCGCGUCCAGCUGCCCCUGCUGAACCAGGGACGCUGAAGACCAGUCUGGUGGCCACUCCAGGCAUCGACAAGCUGACGGAGAAGUCGCAGGUGUCGGAGGAUGGGACCAUGCGCUCGCUGGAGCCCGAGUCCUCACAGCCUCCCCCAGAGGGUAACCUGCCCUCAGCUGCGAGCGAUGGCGAGCCCUGGAGCGCAGUAAGGCCGCACAUUACGGAGGCAUCGCAUCCCCGGCGGGAUCGGAGGCGUCUCUCGAGUGCAUCCUCCAGCGGGCAGUGGACCCCAACCCCUGACUGGGUGAUGUCUUGGAAGUCCAAGCUUCCUCUGCAGACAAUCAUGCGGCUCCUACAGGUGCUGGUUCCACAGGUGGAGAAGAUCUGCAUCGACAAAGGUCUCACCGAUGAAUCGGAGAUCCUCAAGUUCUUGCAGCACGGCACGCUGGUGGGGCUGCUGCCCGUCCCCCACCCCAUCCUCAUCCGCAAGUACCAGGCCAACUCGGGCACUGCCAUGUGGUUCCGCACUUACAUGUGGGGAGUUAUUUAUUUGAGGAAUGUGGAUCCCCCGAUCUGGUAUGACACGGAUGUGAAGCUGUUUGAAAUUCAGCGGGUCUAAGAGAGCACUUACCUCUGCAAAGAGAAACUACACUGGAUCGAAGGACUGCUGUGUGUUGCUCCAUCACAGCCAUUCCUGCGUUUCACAUCCAGCUGAGAGACCAAAAGGACAAUCACUUCAUUUACCUCCCUGUCAUUUAAAGCUUUAAUUGGGACCUGCUUGGACAUCCCUUCCCCCAGCUCACUUCGCUUCCCUCGCCCUUCCCAGUGAACCUUGAGUGAAAGCUGUCUGAGGGUUCGUCCCUUCUUGUGGUUGCACUAGAAAUCAGACUGUUCUUAGCUCUUCUGUUAUUCUUUUGCUCCUGGAUGUGGUUUGAAACCGCUCUGACCCUCUGCUUGCACCGGUCAGGGUCAGCAUUUAACUGGAAAACACUGGUUGUAAAUUGAGUGCAAGGGAGAAGCUGCUAUUCCUGCAGGAGAUGGGGUUUGGAAACUGCAGUUGCUUUCACGUGGCUCCAUAAUGUUUCUGGGACUCCCUUCUGGCUGCAGGUGUCUCCCUAGUGUCUCAGUGGCAUGUUGGUAGGGAAGUCUUUCCCAUCCAAAGGAAAGGAGGGAAGUUACUGAAGGGAAACUUCGUGUCUCAGCUCUGAAUCCCCCUACUCCUUUCCUGGAAAGCUGCUUCAGAAGCUUUGUAGCAGCUGGUGCUUUGAUGUGGUGUGAGCAGCUUUUCCUUGGCUUCCAGGCCUGGCAGCCCAUCCUUCAUGGGAGCUGCGCAGUGGAGCCUGUGUCACUUGGGAAAGUCCUGCUGGGUCCAUGGGAGCAUGUAGGGAGGAAGGGGCUGGCUCAAGGAGAGAAAGGAAGGGAUGUGGCUGGUGAGCUUGCUUAGUCUUCUCCCGUUGACUGGAAGGACAGUGUCCCCUGGGUUUGACAGGAACAGCGUCCCUCUGUCUCUGCCGGGCAGGCUGGUGCAGUGCAGGGAGCGGGAGGGGUGUGCACACUCCUGUCCAAGGCAGAGGCUUGAGGGAGACACUUAAGGAAGUUGUAGGAGCAAUUUGGAAGUUACAGGAGUAGAAGCAUCUCCAUAUGAGCAGGGAGUGGAGAGUGCUAGGGCAAAGUUUGAUUAUUCAGGGCAUUUUGCUAGUGACCAAGUUGUCAGAUCUUGAAUGUAUUGGGUCCCAAGCACGUGAAGUCUGGGAAUACAGGAUGAGGACAGGCAGGAGACCUGCUGUGACUGGCUCCGGUCAGCAGCAGGGGCUGCACUCUGUAGGUGGAGACGCCCUGGGGUUUGAGUCAGUUUUAGUUCUGCUGCUAAAGCCACUGUCUUAGACCUGUGUGGUGUUCAGACAGUGGAAUACGAGGGGGCUUUUCCCUCCCCACCAAAGCGCAGUGCUUGGUGUUCUGGUUUUCAGGUUCUGAGGAGGAUUGCCGGCUGUGAGCCGUUUGCCACAGCUUAGAGCUGGUGGGAUGGAAGCACUCCACGGAAACGGAUCUCACCUUUAACGUUUGAGCAUGGCACACACCUCUGUGUCUGGCAACCCUUGCCUGAGUUUUGAAGGCAGUGACAGGAGUGUGACCGGCCUCUCCUGGAGAGCCUGUCCUGGUGUGCUGCUCCUUGGGCACUGAAAGGGGAGCGCAGUCCUAGGCCAGGAGGAAGCUGAAAUGGAACCUUAAUGGUUUUCUGAAGGAUAAGAACUAUGUGAAGGGCAGAGAGGUCGUUCCGCUGCCUGCCUCCUGUCUCUGGCCCACUUUGCUGUCCAGCACCGCUCCCAUCCUGACCCCAUCUCCGUUCAGCUGUGAACAGGGCGAGGGCUCUGGUUCACAUGGAAUCUCUGCACUAGAAGAAUGGGGUUUGUUGGGGUGGUCUCUGAUUGUCCCAGCUGGAGUGGGGUAUCCCAUGUCCCGCGUGCUUGCUUCUUCCCUCCCACGGAUCUGCUGGUUCUCAUCAUACCUUCCGUCCUCUGUUUUCUGCUUUGUUUCUUUGAGUUUCUCUGGAAACCCUUUUUGUUUGUUUCUUGGUGUUUGGAGUCUGAGCCUUGUUCUGUGGAAAUC